AUGAGCGUCACUAAAGCGACCGCCGGGGCUUUGUGCCUCUCCUCGGCCACUCUCAUCCUUUCGCUUUAUGCAAUCUUUUCCAUUUACUCUGAUGUUCAAUCCAUUUGGUCGCAACUCGAUCAAGAGAUGGAUCAGUUCAAGGUAACAACUGAUGACCUCUGGACUCAAAUGCUUGGCUUGGGAGCCGCUACCGUUUCAAACCGUCAACGUCGUCAAGGCAAGGAACAAUACGGAGGAUACGAGGCCCAAGGAGUCAAUCCAGGACCAACUUGCUCUUGCAACUCUGGAAAUGGAAACGGAGAUGAUGCACUUGGAACCGGAGGAUGCCCAGCUGGACCACCAGGACCAGGUGGAUCACCAGGACCAGACGGAAUUCCAGGAGUCGAUGGACAAGAUGGAUUCCCAGGAGAGAAUGCUGAGGACUCCCAGAACGCUCCAUUCGUUGGAUGCAUCACUUGCGCUCCAGGCAAACCAGGUGCUCCAGGAGACCGCGGAAAGCCAGGACUUCGUGGAAUGCGUGGACCACGUGGAACUGGUGGAUCACCAGGAACCGAUGGAUAUCCAGGACGUCCAGGAGAGAUGGGACCACCAGGACCACCAGGAGAUGAUGGAAAGCCAGGAGCCAACGGAGAGAAAGGACAAGAUGUCGAGCAACCAACUCCAAGAAAGGGACCACGUGGACCACCAGGAGAUUCUGGACCACCAGGACCAGAAGGAGACGCUGGAAAGGAUGGACCAGUUGGAGCCGCCGGAGCACCAGGACCAGAUGGAAUCAAUGGAUUCCAAGGACCCGGUGGACCACCAGGAGAGGAAGGAAAGCCAGGAAUCGACGGAAAGGUCGGAGACGAUGCCGCUUACUGCCCAUGCCCAGACAGAAACGCUCCAAAGGAGAACUACGCUUCUGCCCCAUCCCACAAUCCAUCCAAUGCUCCAGGAGCCAGUUAUUCCGCCGGAACCGGUGGAUACUCCGGAGGCACCGGACAUGCCCAGAACAGUUACGGAAAGAAGUAA